CUGACGUGUUUAAUACUAGUUUUUAUAACGCAAAAUAUGUAUUUCUGACAUCAAACGGGGCGAUUGGCCAAACGCUGGAGGAUGCGCGCGGCUGUGCUGUAGAAGUUUAACAGAAGACUCUCAGGAAGGCGUUUAAACAAAUUAAAGAUGGUAGAGUCGCGCUCCGUCCUGUAAGCGUCCGGCGGCUUUAUGCGUUACCAAUCAAUCGGUACAGAGAGAAACACAGCGGAGCUGCGCGCGGGAUCACUCUACGAUGUCCUAUCCUCAGUUCGGAUAUCCCUACUCUUCUGCUCCUCAGUUCCUCAUGACCACCAACUCUCUGACGUCUUGCUGCGAGUCGAGCACCAGGUCCAUCUCGGAUUCCUCGGCGCAGACGCCCGUGUACUGUCCGGUGUACGAGAGCAGGCUGCUGGCCACGGCCAGGCACGAGCUGAGCUCCGCCGCCGCGCUGGGGGUCUACGGGAGCCCGUACACCGGCGGACAGGGCUACGGGAACUAUGUCACCUACGGCGCUGACGCGUCCGCUUUCUACUCUUUGGGAACGUUUGACGCCAAAGACGGAAGCGCGUCUGCGCAUGCGGGAAUAACACAGGCUGCAGCAUAUUACCCGUACGAUCCCACCCUGGGACAGUACCAGUAUGACAGAUACGGCUCUAUGGAGGGAGGAACCAGGAGGAAGAACGCCACGCGCGAGACGACCAGCACGUUAAAAGCGUGGCUCCAGGAGCACCGGAAGAACCCCUACCCCACCAAGGGCGAGAAGAUCAUGCUGGCCAUCAUCACCAAGAUGACCCUCACGCAGGUGUCCACCUGGUUCGCCAACGCCAGGAGAAGACUGAAGAAGGAGAACAAGAUGACGUGGCCCCCGAGAAACAAGGGCUCGGACGACAAGAAGUACGACGACGAGGACGAGGAGGGCUCGCAAGAAGAAGAUCAGAUCAAAAGUGAACUCAACGAUGACGAGAGCAAAAGCCGAGAAGACAAGGAGCUCCAGCUGAGCGACCUGGACGACUUUGACACCAUCGAGUCCGAGAGCUCCGAGUGCGAACUCAAGCACCGCUUUCACAUGAACGCGCACAUGGCGACCACCGACGACCGCCUGAAAGCGCCUUCUCCGAAGCUCUCCAUCCCCGGCCUGCUCGAGGCCAAAAGCGGCCUGAAGAGCGCCCCGGAAGACUGCGAGCUGAGGAGCGGCAAGACGUGCUUCCAGCAGCAGCAGCAGCAGCAGGGCCACGCGUUACUGGACAGCAAGCCGCGCAUCUGGUCUCUGGCGCAGACGGCCACAGAGUACUCGUCGUGUAUGCUGCGCUCGGACUCCUCACCCGUCAGCGGCCUGGAGAGACAGCAGGACUCACCCGUCACCACUCUCAGAAACUGGGUAGACGGGGUUUUUCACGACCCCUUGUUUAGACACAGCUCCUUGAACCAAGCACAGACGAACACUACGGUUUCUUGGACCACCUCGACCAAAGGGUCGAUCUUAGAGACUGGGGCCCUUGGACGCUCCAACGGCGCGAUAAAAACACAGCAGCAAGAGGCCGGCAAGGACAGCGUGCCGUUUCCAAAGGGGGUGAACAAGAUAUUCUGCUCCUAGCACACAGAAAGACUCUUUGGAAUAGCCGUUUACGCUUUCAGUCCACAAACGAAUGGCAGACUGUGAACCAAAAUGCGUUUUGUUGCAUAAAACCUUGAGGAAAUGUAUGUAUUGAUGAUCUCGACGGCGAGGGGCUGGUUUACAUAUAUAUAACUCUAUAUAUUUAUUGGUUUGGUUGACGCACGUUCAGAUUCUGUAAAUUAACUGGAAGUUUAUGUUCCGAAAGACUGAAACAAAAACAAAAAAAAAGUUUACAGCCUAGUUUUGUUCCAGCUUUUAUCGUUUCUUCGGCAUGCAUAUGUUGCUAGUUUUUACUGAUCGUUGCUUUAGACGAGCUCGGAGCUCGUCGACUCACGAGUGUCACUGUUAAGAAAGCGUCGCACAAAUGCACAGAUCUCCUCGAAACGGGGGAUGUUCAGACCUGCUCACUAUAAUAAACGGUGGCUUUUUGGCAGCUCUUGUUCUGUGUGUGGAUCAGAGUCGCUCGCUG